GAUUAAAGCAUCAGGCAUCAGUAAAGCACAAUCACUCAACCAACCAAGUAAUAAACCAAAUCCAUUUAAGGAAUUCUCCAAUCAGGAUGCGCUUCACACUUUUGGCACUCAUCGGCGUGGUAUGCCUCGCCUACACCUAUGCCCUGGCCGACAUCGAGGCUGAGGAGCAGUACCCUGACGCACAGCUGAAUCUGCUCAGCCUUGAGAUGGAUGGAAAUGCACAUGAGAACGAGGGUCUCCGUCAAGCCCGCCAAAUCUGGCGUGGAGGCUAUGGACGGGGCCUUGGCUGGGCCGGCGGACGUGGAGGAUGGGCUGGUGGACGUGGUGGAUUGUCUAGCUGGGGCGGACGUGGAGGAUUGUCUAGCUGGGGUGGUCGUGGCGGUAGAUGGGGCGGUCGCCGUUGGGGCGGCGGUUGGUAAACUGUC